AUGACAUUGGGAUCGACUGGAAACUUCUUGAACCAAUACGGCAUAAAAGGGCAUUUCAACCGGUUUCGUGUGACCCCACCAGAGUAUGAAGCAACUGUGCCAGGGUAUGAAGCAACUAUGCCAGAGUAUGAAGCAGCUGCACCGGAAUAUGAAGAAACUAUACCAGAUGAUUAUAUAUAUGAGCUUGAGGAGUUUUUAGAAGAAGGAAAUGAUCAGCGCUAUAGAUGUUUUGAUUUGUUAGUAAACAAACUGGAGCCAACUGAAGUGAAAAAUAUUAACCAAGACUUAGAAGAGGUUGUGCAACGACUCCGGCGUUCACCAGAAACCAUACACACACUACCUUCUACGUCCCAUGCUGUGUUGAGACUGUUGCUAGACAGUAGGAGGACCAAGUUGAUGUUAAAGUUAUUGAGUAACCCUCUGGAAUUUGGCAUAUUCCCAGACCAUUUCAUGUCUAAUUUACUAAUGGAUACAUUUAUAGAAGAGAAAAAUUAUACAGCUGCCGCACGUGUCGCAUCAGUAUUGAUGUUGCAAGAAGACUUUGGACCACCCCUGACCCAGGCUUUGGCUAUGGCCUCUUGUUACCUAUAUGCUACAUCCACAGAAAAUUUGCCUUGGGAAGAUUACACUGUGAAGAUAGCGGAACCUGAAGAAGAGCUGAAGAUAAGGAUCCCAUAUCUUCGUAAUCCUUACUUUGAUGAUCACUUUGAUCUGAAAGAACCUAAUCAUAUUGUUGGGAAAACAUUAGCAUGGGGAGCACCACUAAUAGGGGGAGUGAUUGGAACAAACUGUGAAAUACUAGGAUGGGCCCUAUAUAACAAGUGGAGUGAUCUUGAAGUCACUCUUCAAAGAUGUGCAGCAAACAGCACUCCUGUAGCAGAAAGUGUGGUAGGUAUUCUUUGUAAUUUUAGCAUUACUUGUUAAAUAGUUUAAAUGGUU